AUGUCCUCAUUCAAAGACAUUCACCACCAGCGAAUCAGUCACAUGACUGCGUCAAAGUCGACGACGAUGAACGAGUCGGAUGAGGUUCUUCCUAGAACGCCGAACGACAAAGAAGCGUUCGCUCGUCUUCUCUGGAUCAACCAGUGCUACGAAGCCAUGCCGUCCAGCUCUAAAAUGGUCGUUUUUGAUCAAGGUCUUUUGAUGCACAAAGCUUUCAAUGGCCUUCUAGCGCAGAGCACUCGUCACGUGCUUCUCUCGGAUCCAGAAUUGGGUGGAAAACUCGAUGGAAUUCUCAGUGUUACCGAUUUCAUCAAAGUCAUGCUUAAAAUCUAUAGAGACAGAGCAACGGCCGGCGAGAACAAGGAAAAAAACGAGCUCGACAUGAGUCAGAUUGCGAAUGAGGAGAUUGGAAAUUUGACGAUUCGUCAAUAUCGUGAUCUCGUCCGAAGAGAAGGCAACCUGAAGUCAUUGGUCUCUGUUGACGCCAGUUCCAGCUUGCUAGACGCUGCUUGCAUCCUCGCAGAGAAUCGUGUUCACCGUAUCCCAGUCAUAGACACCCAUGAUGGCUCUGCACUCUUCAUCCUCACCCACAAGCGAAUUCUGAAAUUCCUCUGGCUCUACGGAAAGCACUUGGCCCCACUCGAGUAUCUUCACAAGUCGCCAAAGGAGCUUGGCAUCGGAACGUGGAGUGGAAUUCGCGUUGUGUUUCCAGAUACUCAAUUGGUCGAUUGCUUAGAUAUUCUACUGAACAAGGGAGUCUCGGGUCUUCCUGUCGUCGAGAGGGAUACUUUCAAAGUCGUCGACAUGUACUCUCGCUUUGAUGCGGUCGGAAUCGCUCUCGAAAACCGUCUUGACAUCACCGUCAAGGAAGCGUUGGCAUUCAAGUCGCAAGGUGGACCGAUGCAGAAUGACGAACGUGUCGUCUCCGUACGUGACAACGAGAGCUUCUGGAAGGCUGUCAACGUGCUCGUCGAUCACAACGUCCAUCGCCUGUGUGCCGUCAACGAACAAGGCGGAAUCGAAGGAGUCAUCUCACUGUCCGACGUCAUCAACUUCAUGGUGGUACAACCAGGAAGCCACCUGAGAAACAUCACCCCACCCAAAAAGCAUUGGGCUCGUCAUCACGUCGGGGAUAUGAAUGAUAAGGAGCUCCGCGAGAUUUUGCUUACCAACGCUGCCAACUUCGAGCAGGAGUCUAACUCGAGUAGCAGUGCAUCGGUGUCCACCCUUCCAGUCAGCCAAAACUCAUACUCGAAACAUCAGCCAUCACACCAUUAA